AUGAAGCACCUCGCCGCUUACCUUCUCCUCGGCCUCGGCGGCAACGCCUCUCCCUCCGCCAAGGACGUCAAGGCCGUCCUUGAGUCCGUCGGCAUUGAGGCCGAUGACGAGCGCCUCAACAAGCUCAUCUCUGAGCUCGAGGGCAAGGACAUCAACGAGCUCAUCUCUGAGGGCUCCAGCAAGCUCGCUUCCGUCCCCUCUGGUGGCGCUGGCGGUGCUGCCGCUGGUGGUGGUGCUGCUGCUGGCGGUGCCGCUGAGGCCGCUGCCGAGGAGGCUCCCAAGGAGGAGGAGAAGGAGGAGUCCGAUGAGGACAUGGGCUUCGGUCUCUUCGACUAA